UAAAUUCAUCGUUACGACGGUUUAGGUUAUGUUACACGAUUUUAAAACUUAAAGAACAAACAAAAUGAAUAUUGCCUGUAGGCGAUGGAUUCGAAUUUUUAAAACAGAUCUAACGUUUCAAUAUCACUUUUGUAUGCUUGGAAAAGCACUUAACUAUAAAAGUGCUUAUUCUCUUGACAAACUAUACCCCACGAGUAAUUUGAAAAUAUUUACACCAACCUUUGUUCCAGAAGAUCCAAAUGCUAAAUUUAAUGGCUUUUUACCCCUUAAAGAUCUCGAAAUUACUUAUAGUAGAAGUAGUGGUGCUGGAGGACAACAUGUAAAUCGUACAAAUAGUAAAGUGGAUGUAAGGUUUCAUGUAAAAAGUGCUACAUGGUUAUCAGAAGAACUCAGAGACAAAUUAUUAGAAAAGAAUGCAAAUAAAUUAACUAAAGAAGGUUAUUUAAUAGUCAAGUCAGAGCUAACAAGAUCACAACAGUUAAAUCUAGCUGAUGCUCUUGAAAAGCUAAGAGAAAUAAUACGGGAAGCUGCAAAACCACCAGCAGAAAUAACUCCAGAAUCAGAAGAAUUUAAAAGGAAGCAAUUACUCCGGGCAGCAAGAAAGAGGCUUUUUGAAAAACGAAAACGUUCCGAAAUCAAACAAACUAGAAAAUCUGAUUUCAUAGACUUUUAA